AUUUAUACUUCCGUUCAUACUUGUGCUUUUGAAACUCGUGAAAUGAUGAGAUCGAACGCGUCUGGCGAGCAAGCCACGACAAAAUCCCUCCCCGAUCCAGUUCCGUGAUUCUUCCACCACCAUCUGCUUGAAAUCCGUCGGUAGGACUCCGGCUGGGAGGAUUCGUUUGAUAAAAUCUGGUUCUUUGAGCUCGAGAAGCUCCGCGGUCAGAGGCGGAGAUGCGGGGGAGGAGCGGCGGCGGUUGUGAUAGGAGAAUGUCGUAUCGAUGGAUGAUCAUCCUCUGCUCUUGUAGCUUCGCUCUCGGGAUGCUUCUCACUGACAAGUUUUGGGCGUUUCCGGAUGCAAACAGCCCGAUCAUCUCGAAUAGGCGAAGGCAGGAACAAGAGCUCAAGAUCAUCUCGGAAGAUUGUACCACCAAAAGGAAGCAUGAGGAAGAUAAGGAUGUUAUGGGCGAAGUGAGCAAAACACACGAGGCGAUUCAAUCUCUGGACAAGGCGAUCUCCACGCUUCAAAUGGAGUUGGCUGCGAAGAGGAGCUCGAGGGAGUUGAUCGGCACAGAUGGCUCGCCGACGGCAGGUCCUUUGACCGAACAUAGGAGGAAGGCUUUUGUUGUGAUUGGGGUAAAUACUGCGUUCAGUAGCAGGAAGAGAAGGGACUCGGUGAGAGCGACAUGGAUGCCACAAGGCGAAAAGCUCCAACAGUUAGAACAUGAAAAGGGAAUUGUGAUUCGAUUCACAAUCGGCCAUAGCGCUACAUCUAGCAGCAUUCUGGAUAAGGCUAUCGAUUCGGAGGAAGCUCAGCACAAUGACUUGCUCAGGCUGGAUCAUGUUGAAGGUUACCAUGAACUUUCUGCGAAAACAAAAAUAUUCUUUUCAACUGCUGUCACAAUUUGGGACGCUGAGUUCUUUGUCAAAGUGGAUGAUGAUGUUCAUGUGAAUCUAGGCAUGCUAGCCACGACUCUUGCUCGACAUAGAUCCAAACCGAGAACCUACAUAGGGUGUAUGAAGUCUGGGCCAGUACUUUCUGACAAGAAUGUGAAGUACCACGAACCCGAAUCCUGGAAGUUUGGAGAAGAAGGAAACAAGUACUUCCGCCAUGCAACCGGACAGAUUUAUGCUAUCUCAAAGGAUCUAGCUACAUAUAUCUCGAUCAACCAGCCGAUACUACAUAAGUAUGCCAAUGAAGAUGUAUCACUAGGUUCGUGGUUUAUUGGGCUGGAAGUUGAACACACCGAUGAGAGGAGUAUGUGCUGUGGAACUCCUCCAGAUUGCGAGUGGAAAGCCCAGGCAGGAAAUGUUUGCGUUGCAUCGUUUGACUGGAGUUGCAGUGGUAUAUGCAAAUCAGUGGAGAAGAUGAAGGAUGUUCAUGAAAGGUGUGGCGAAGGAGAUGGAGUGUGGAGUGCUUUGUUCUAAUGGGUUAUCCGACGUAUGUUUGUUUGUUUGUUUAUUCUACAUCAAACAAUUGGAGAAAGGCUGAUCGAAAGAUGAAGAACAGGUUUCUUCACGAAUACCAUAUGAUGAAUCGACACUUGCUCUCUUCCUCGGAGGCAAUUAUGUGCUAUCAUUUUCGAUAAACUGGUGAUGAUUAUGUUUUUUGGAGGAUUCUUGAUCGUAAAAUGAUGUCUGAAUUUUUUUUCCUUGAUUUAGAGAUGAAACAAGAAGGCAUUUAGUGUGAUAGACGGAGAGGAUGAUGCUAAUUAUGUAAUAUGUGUUUUAGAAAAGAAAAACUUCAUAAGAAAAUUAGAUUGUUUUUUGACUGAUUAA